GGCCCCUCCCCCGUCACUUCCUGCCUGGCUGCGGGCGCCGGAGCGGCUCUUCAGCGUUUGCGCCGGUGGCCGUCGUGUCUCUCUUGGCUACCCCUUCCUUUGAGCGCCCCCCCGGGCCGGCGGCGCCCGCCUCUUUCGCGGCCACUCUGCCUCUUCCUUCCCUCCGUCCCUUUCUUCUCUCCCUUCUUCCUUCCUUCUUCCCCUCCUCGCCGCCGCCCAGGGCCACCGUCCGGGGGACGAGCUCGGGGCAGCAGCCAGGAGAUUCCUAACCACACAGCCUCUCAGAACUGAUCGAAAACAACUUUGUUCCUGGAACACCUCUUUUUAAGGUAGAACUUUAGACUUCAUAGCACUGAAUUAACCUGCACUGAAAGCUGUUACUUUUGUUGAAAGUGACCAUGUCUCAAGUUCAAGUGCAAGUUCAGAGCCCAUCUGCCACUCUCUCAGGGAGCCAAAUACUGAACAAGAACCAGUCUCUUCUCUCACAGCCUUUGAUGAGUAUUCCUUCUACUACUAGCUCUCUGCCCUCUGAAAAUGCAGGUAGACCUAUUCAAAACUCUGCUUUACCCUCUGCAUCUAUUACAUCCACCAGUGCAGCUGCAGAAAGCAUAACCCCUACGGUAGAGCUAAAUGCACUGUGCAUGAAACUUGGAAAAAAACCAAUGUAUAAGCCUGUUGACCCUUACUCUCGGAUGCAGUCCACCUAUAACUACAACAUGAGAGGAGGUGCUUAUCCCCCAAGGUACUUUUACCCAUUUCCGGUUCCACCUGUACUUUAUCAAGUUGAACUUUCUGUGGGAGGACAGCAAUUUAAUGGGAAAGGAAAGACAAGACAGGCUGCGAAACAUGAUGCUGCUGCUAAAGCCUUGAGGAUCCUGCAGAAUGAGUCUCUGCCUGACAGGCUGGAGGUGAAUGGGAGAGAAUCAGAAGAAGAAAAUCUCAAUAAAUCUGAAAUAAGUCAGGUGUUUGAGAUUGCACUUAAACGGAACUUGCCUGUGAAUUUUGAGUCUUUCCCUCUGAAACAGGUGGCCCGGGAAAGUGGCCCACCCCACAUGAAGAACUUUGUGACCAAGGUUUCAGUUGGGGACUUUGUGGGGGAAGGUGAAGGGAAGAGCAAGAAGAUUUCAAAGAAGAAUGCUGCUAUAGCUGUUCUUGAGGAGCUGAAGAAGUUACCACCCCUGCCUACAGUUGAGCGAGUGAAGCCCAAAAUCAAAAAGAAAACAAAACCCGUAGUCAGGCUGCAGACAAGCACAGAGUAUAGCCAGGGCAUGAAUCCGAUUAGCAGACUGGCCCAGAUCCAGCAAGCAAAGAAGGACAAGGAGCCGGAGUACAUGCUCCUCACAGAGCGGGGCCUUCCGCGCCGCAGGGAGUUUGUGAUGCAGGUGAAGGUUGGAAACCAUACUGCAGAAGGAGCAGGCACCAAUAAGAAGGUGGCCAAACGCAAUGCCGCUGAGAACAUGCUAGAGAUCCUUGGUUUCAAAGUCCCACAGGCUCAGCCCACCAAGCCAGCACUCAAGUCAGAGGAGAAGACACCAAUAAAGAAACCAGGGGAUGGAAGAAAAGUAACUUUUUUUGAACCUGGCUCUGGGGAUGAAAAUGGGACUAGUAAUAAAGAAGAUGAGUUUAGGAUGCCUUACCUUAGUCAUCAGCAGCUGCCUGCUGGAAUUCUUCCCAUGGUGCCCGAGGUCGCCCAGGCUGUAGGAGUCAGUCAAGGACAUCACGCCAAAGAUUUCACUAGGGCAGCUCCGAAUCCUGCCAAGGCCACGGUAACUGCCAUGAUAGCCCGCGAAUUGUUGUAUGGGGGCACCUCGCCCACAGCUGAGACCAUUUUAAAGAAUAACAUCUCUUCAGGCCACGUACCCCAUGGACCUCUCACAAGACCCUCUGAGCAACUGGACUAUCUUUCCAGAGUCCAGGGAUUCCAGGUUGAAUACAAAGACUUCCCCAAAAACAACAAGAACGAAUUUGUAUCUCUUAUCAAUUGCUCCUCUCAGCCGCCUCUGAUCAGCCAUGGUAUCGGCAAGGAUGUGGAGUCCUGCCAUGAUAUGGCUGCACUGAACAUUUUAAAGUUGCUGUCUGAGUUGGACCAACAAAGUACAGAGAUGCCGAGAACAGGAAACGGACCAAUGUCUGUGUGCGGGAGGUGCUGAACCUUUUCUGGCCACAAACCAUCAUAAAAUCCCAACAUAUAUACUGAAAAUACUGAAACUGCUUUGAAAAUUUGGAAUUUCUGAUACCUCCAGUGGGCCGAGAAACAUGGUGGGUAAAGAACGUGGCAGCAGUGGUGAAGAUAGCAGAGACCUGAGGCAGCCAUGACCAGGCCGGACCGUGCUGGGGUUUGUUGUGACCUGUGGUCCCCACACAGAAGCAGCUGCCUAUGGGGAAAGAGGGGCAUGCCCAACAGCCUGGCUCCACUGGGACACCAGCAGGUCCAUGUCCCCGGGCAACUCAGUGCUUGGUCCUUUUUUUUUUUUUUUUUUUUUUUUUGCUGUGUGAAAGAACAAACAGAAAGCACGACCUCUUCUCAAACUGGCUCACUCAAACACUUUGGGAUAUACCCUGGACAGCCACACCAGAGAGAGGCCCUAGACCGGCCCCAGAGCUAAAAGUACCAGAGAAAAUCAAAUGCUUCCUAACCUUUCUAGUGUGCUAAGGCCCUCACCUCCCAUAGUACCCACAUCAUAACCACUGCUUUUUCUUCCAACAGUGAUACGUAUUCUUAGUUUCAUUAUUUUCUUUUAACUGAUAUGACACUAUAUACAAUUUUCAUUUGAGAGUUUCUCAAUUGUAUCUAGUUAUAUAGCACAGUUUAGAAACUUGUCUGAGACUGACUUUAUCAGUAAUCUAACCAGUAAAGAUCAUAUCCAUGUAUAUGUGGUUAUACAUUUUUAUUCUAUUGAAUUAACCCAGGACCAUUUCAGUGAUGCAAAUUGUGUGCCCUAUGGUUUAGCUGAAGCAGUCCUGGACUUCUUAGAAACCUUGAUGAAGUUUCCCACAGUUGUAUAAAUUGGACAAUUUAGGAAUUUUAAAACUUAAAUGAUUAUUUGGUUCCUUUUCUAUUUUAUUUUUAAUUUUUGUUAAUGCAACAGGACUUAAACAAAUGAACUUUGAUCUUUGUUUUAAAGAUUAUUAAACAAAAAUUGUGUGUCUAUACAUAUGGCUCUUGAGGAUGUAGCUCUCACUACACUACAGGAUAUGAUCUCCGUGUAGUAUACAUAGACCUGCAGACUGAUUUUCCUUGAGUGCUUGAUACUGUUAAUUACAUCUCCAUGUAGGGCUGAAAAGAAUGACCUGUGUUUAUGUAUGCAGCUGUGUUGCUUUUGGUGUUGUGUAACUGUACACAGGAGUGUGUGCACUAGGGUUUUGCGCAUGGUCCAGAUGAGGAGCACGGUAGCCUUGCCAGUUAAGUGCUGCUUCCAUUCAUUGUUUACGCUGGAAUUUUUUCUCCCCAUGGAAUGUAAGUAAAACUUAGUGUUUUGUCACCAAUAAAUGGUAAUACUAAAGUUUUUUUGUUAAUUUAUUCUCAAAUACCACUAUUGCUAGGUUGGUCCUUUUUCCCAACUUGCCCCUUACCCUUUUUUUAUUUUUCAGAAAAAAAAAUUGUAAUGCUUGUGAUUUCACCUGGGCAAAAAUAUCUGAAUAACUUUAUAUCAAACCAUUGAUCAAUAAACAGCUACUAAUGAA